AAUACCAUAACUAGGGGUUCAGUUACAUACGCUGAAGGAUCUGUAGAUAACAUCGAAGAUUAUCAAGCCAAGACUAAAGUUUUGGUCAACGACAAGUCAAGAAAUGAGUGAUCCUUGAAAUAUCCUUUCUUAUAUAAGCCCUUAAAAUGAUGCCAUUUGCAAUCUUAGCAGACAUGCGUGAAUUCUAUAAAAAAAUAAAAUAUAGCUUAACUACAAUACGAAACCAAGAAAAUAGAGUAGCGUCAAGCGAGGCACAGCUUUGAUUCAUUUCCAAGCAUACCAAAAAUCUCUAUUGGGUCUACAUUUACCCGAAGGAAAUUACAUUAAAAAAAAAAGCUAAAAGUUCAGACUCAGAUAUUUUGAAUAAAAAAUCAUAGAUGUGCACCACUGUGGUGCAAAAUUUAUGCGAAUUUGUUAAUGAAUAUCCGUGAACGCCACGGCCGGGACAGAAGACAACAAGUGUGACUGCUGCUGGAGAGAUGGAGGAUACCGAGCUGAAUUUUACGAUGCAAACAAAAAAUAAUCGUAACGUGGUCAACUUUAUGCUGUUUGUUUGUUAGCAGGUAAGCAGCAGCAGCAGCAGCACCAGGUUGGAGUAGGUUGGAGCAGCAAUUGGGGUCCAGCGUUGCGGGCAGAGCACACACAGAGCACAGGAUACGGGCAGAUAAACAAGGCAAUAAGCGUCAGGCAGGACACUUGUUGCCAUUGCUCCUCAUUAGCUGGCGCCCAACUUGCAUAUGAGUGGGCGUCUGCUUGGCUUUUGCUCCACUCCGGCUCAUUAGUUCAAAUAUAAGGCCAAAGGGCGUUUCAUUUAAUUAUGCGGUCGCCGCCAGUUGGGCCCCACGCUGUUAUAUUUCAAAACCGGCCAGCGCAGCCAGCAAGCCGUUCAGUCAACCAGUGUCCACCGUGUUAGCCACAACAGACGCCAGCGCGAGAGCUACCAGCCAACCAGCCAAGCCGCCAAUCAGCCUACUAGUCCCAAGUCCCAAGAGAACACAGCUCGAGCCAUGAGCCAGAUCGGCGGAGUUGCCGCAGGGCCACGCAACUGGACGCUGCGCGGCGCUGUUUUGCUCCUGGCCCUGCAGCUGCUCCAGACACCAAAUGCACUGCAGCACACCGAGGAGGGUCUCGAGUUGCUCUUUCGCGAGCGCUCACAAUCCGAUUGGGAGAACGUAUGGCAUCAGGAAACGCACUCCCGAUGCCGGGACAAGCUGGUCCGCCAGCUCUACUGGGCCUGCGAGAAGGACAUUUACAGACUAACGCGGCGCAACCGUAAGAGGGGCGGCAAUGAGGUCUGGACCAAGAGCAGCUACAAUCCCGCAGCUGGUUCGGCUGCCUCCACCUGGCUGCAUGUGAACUAUGCCAACAUGUUGCUGCGCAGCAGACGCUCCGAUGCGCCCUCCAUUACCAACGAGUGCUGCACCAAGACCGGCUGCACCUGGGAGGAGUACGCCGAGUACUGCCCCUCAAACAAGCGCCGCAAUCACUACUGAGCUCCUUCAAUUGCCGUGGCUAUACUCAUAAGCCCAUAAUAUUGCCUAUAUAACUAUAUACACG